AGGGCGGCGGCGCCGGGCGCGGGAAGAUGGCGGCAGCGGCGGCGGCGGCGGCGGCUGAGCAGCAAAGUUCCAAUGGUCCUGUAAAGAAGUCCAUGCGUGAGAAGGCUGUCGAGAGAAGGAACGUCAAUAAGGAGCACAACAGUAAUUUCAAAGCCGGAUACAUUCCAAUUGAUGAAGAUCGCCUCCAUAAAACAGGAUUGAGAGGGAGAAAGGGCAGUCUAGCCAUCUGUGUCAUUAUCCUCUUGUUUAUCCUGGCUGUCAUCAAUUUAAUUAUAACACUUGUUAUCUGGGCUGUGAUUCGCAUCGGACCAAAUGGCUGUGACAGCAUGGAGUUUCAUGAAAGUGGCCUGCUUCGGUUUAAGCAAGUGUCUGACAUGGGAGUUAUACAUCCCCUUUAUAAGAGCACCGUAGGAGGAAGGCGAAAUGAAAACUUGGUUAUCACUGGCAACAACCAGCCUAUUGUUUUUCAGCAAGGAACAACAAAGCUCAGUGUAGAAAAGAACAAAACUUCUAUUACAAGUGACAUUGGUAUGCAAUUUUUUGACCCGAGGACUCAGAAUAUCUUAUUCAGCACAGACUAUGAAACUCAUGAGUUUCAUUUGCCAAGUGGAGUGAAAAGUUUGAAUGUUCAAAAAGCAUCUACUGAAAGGAUUACCAGCAAUGCUACUAGUGACUUAAAUAUAAAAGUUGACGGGCGUGCCAUCGUGCGUGGAAAUGAAGGUGUAUUCAUUAUGGGCAAAACCAUUGAAUUUCACAUGGGUGGUAAUAUGGAGUUAAAGGCAGAAAACAGCAUCAUCCUAAAUGGAACUGUGAUGGUUAGCACAAGUCGCCUACCUAGUUCCUCCAGUGGAGACCAGUUUGGGACUGGCGACUGGGUGCGCUACAAGCUCUGUAUGUGUGCGGAUGGAACGCUCUUCAAAGUACAAGUAACAGGCCAGAACAUGGGCUGCCAGAUCUCAGACAACCCCUGUGGAAACACUCACUAGAAGAACCCGGGAAUUCACCCAUGUGUUCAUAUCUUGACUUGACUUUUUUUAAGAGUGUGCAUGCAAGUCAUGUUUUUAGAGAGUUUGCAAUAAUUCUUAUUUUAUCUACAGAGCACUACUGUAUCUAUUAUAUAAUCUCCAUAUUUAAAAGAGCUCUCAGAGAGCCUAAAUUUUAAUACAUUUCAUUAAGUUGCACUGAUCUUCAAAUUACAGUUCUAAAGUAAUUAUCAGAAGUGAAUACAAGCAAAAUUAAUCUUUAAAGAAGUAUUUUUAAAAUCCCGCUGUUCCUUGUCUAAAGGAUAAAGGGGUGAAGCAACUGUUUAGACUCGAUAUAAGUAAAUUUUGGUGACUAAUGGAGAGAUACACCCACUUAAGAUGUUUGAAAGGUACACCAUUAAUAAAUGUUACAUGCUCCAUCUUUGGGCUUCUAAGAGAAAAGACAGAUUUUUAGUGCAUUAAUUUUCAGCUGUAUUCUCAAUGCAAGUGAAGUCAUUAAAGAACUUCACAUAUGUAAGCUGGUAAGAAACUAUGGUUUCUUAGUUUUGCGUUAGGAUGAAAAUACUCUAAUAGAAUGGAAUUUACUCUAAAAGAAUAGAAUUUGUUAAAUAUUGAUGAGUACGAAGUGUUCACAAUGUGGUAGAAAUUGAAACACCAUCCCAGCUUAAACUGUUAAAUCCUGAUGACAGCUGAGCAUCUGACACACCCUAGGCCCUGUCCCAGGCACUGCAUCUGUAAUGUCACUGAUUCUCACCACAGCUCUGGAUGUAGGUGUUAUUAUCCCAGUUUUUCCCCUUAGGAAACUGAGGAUCAGAGAAGUUAAGAAACUUACCGAAUGUCACAUAGGAAAUAGCCGGCCGGAUUGGGAUUAGAACUUGCUUGUGAUUCAAACCUAAAUGUACCUGCUUCCAAAUACCGUGUUCUUUUUACUAUCUGCACUGAAGUCUUAAUAUUUAAAACUCUAGAAAAAUGAACAGAGACUAAUUCAAACUUACCUAAGCAGAUAAGAAUCCAAUAAAACAACCAUGCUUACUCUAGUUAAAAAAAAAACAGUCAAUCUCAUGUCAAAAAAAAAAAAAAAAUGGCCAACUGCUGUCAGGUUUUAAACUAGCUUAAGCCAAUUCCAAAAUAUUAUACUACAGAGAAGUCAAACUAGCCUAGUUGUAGGUUACUGCAGUGUCAUAACUGAAGGGCCUUGGCACCUGGGAAUGCCUGAAUUGGGUAAAAGGGUCACUAAGUUAUUUAUACCCUCAGGCUUCAGGGCAACACAGUGAGAAGUGGGAGGCCAUGGCCCCAGGCAAGUCCCUGGGCUGGGAAUGGCUGGUAGUUCACCCCAGUGAGCCAUUCAAAUAGCACCCAUUGCAGUGUGCACCAGGCCUUGAACAAAGUCGGGCCGCACUGGUGUAACAGAUGCUGAUACAGAAAAUUAAUCUUUAAGUAACUUUUGAGUAAGUAUGAGAACUGAUCUCUGCUCCUCAUAUCACAAUCCCAUUGUAGUGAUUUACAACCCUCAAGCCAGUUGAUUUUUAAUGCAUUUUAUAUUUGACUUAAAAGGAACUCUGGUAUUAUUAAUUACACACAGAGCAUCAGGGGCUGAGUUUUCAAAAUAGUUUGCUGUAAAAUAAACAGUAGAGAUAAAUCAUAAGCCCCACUCUGCAUUCAAGUAGAACAGCAUUCUCUCGUGGUCACUUUGAACUGUGUAGAUAAGAAAAUCAAGACAAAAAACAAUUUGCAUUCAAUCUAGUCACAGUUCUCUCUGAUAGAAGAACCACAUGCCUUAGAGAUUAUGAAUAGUCAUUAAAGUAUACUAAAAGAUAUCGACUUACUAUAUAAUAUGGAGUGCAGUUUUUAAAUGAAGGAAAAAAGUGAACUUUAUUUUUUUAUGUAAAUUCAUUUAGCCAACUUAUAGUACAUCAUUAGUUUCAGUUGUAUUGUUUAAUAAUUUAUCAGUUGCAUAUAACACCCAUUGCUCAUCACAUCACGUGCCCUCCUUAAUGCCCAUCAGCCAAAAAGUGUACUUUAUGACCUCUGAGUGUUAUUGUUGUGAUAUUCAGAUCUUAUUUGAAUAUAUUCAGUGUCAUUUCAUAUUUGAAUGAUGUUCAGAAAAAUCCAUUGGAAUUUUCAUUCAGAUGCUUAGUAUAUUUUAAUUUUACAUUCUUUACUUGUCUGCUCUAUUUAGAUUUGUUUUGAAAGUCUCUUUAAAUAUUUUUGCAAAAAUCACAAAACACUACAUUACGAAGUAUUAUUUAUUGAAUAUAAUUCACAAAGCAAUCUAUUUUUACUCGUCCUUGAAAAAUACUUGUGUUUUUGAUACAUCUCCAGUAAGUGCUUUUAACAUGAGAGGAUAUUUUAAUGUUUUUAUAGAACUGAUUGUAAAGGUAACAGGUAUGGUAUUUUAGGACACUUUGCAGGUAGCCGGUAGCCCUUGCCUUUUCACUGAGAUGUAGACCUGGAAAACUCACUGGAAAUGAGAUCAAGAACAAACCGUCCAUUUCACUUGUGAUCUAUUUUGCAUAAUGGUAAAGCUUCAGCUCCUCAUUCUCACCACCAGAUGGUAAUUUUCAAAAACCGAAAUGUUAACUUUGCCUCUUUCUUCUGGUGGUUCAUCCCCUGCAUUGAGCACUGAUGGAAAAAGCAGCCGACUCAGGAAAGUAGAUAAAGUAAAGACAGGCUCUCAGGAGAGGGGGGUAGAUAUGCUUGUUUAAAUAACCGCAGUACUUCAGAGAUAGGUUGCAAUGGCAAGGGAGACAAAUGAAAUAAAAGCAAAGUAUUUCAGAAACCGUCCAAUGGGCAGCUAGGGAAAUGCAAACAACACAAGGUGGGGUCUGCCUAUAUAUAAUCUGCCAAGAUUUAAAAAUAUCCUUAUUUGUAUUCUUUUUGCAUUAUGAAAAAAAUAAAUUUUGUGUGAUACUUCUGUUGAUGAAAUGUGGAAAUUCUACCUAGCUUUGAAUGAAUUGUUUUCUUAAGAACGUUAUGGUGCUAAACUUAACAAAAAAGAGACCGUUGAAAUGCUGAUAAUUUUGGUAGUCUUUUAAAAAGUGUUGAGGACACGAGGCCAUAUAGCUCGGGGGUUAGAACACUGGUCUUGUAAAAAGUGUUGAGGAGGCAAAGACUACAAAUUAUGCCCUACAAAAACCUAUAACUCUGUUUCGGAUUGCUACCCUGAGUUUCAGUUAACUCAGUUUGUAAUAACUAUUAAUGAUCUCUGUUUACAAUAAAGAUUCUGUAAAUUGUG